AUGGAAAUUCUCCAAUUUAGUAUCCUGAUACUAUUUACAGUUGUGUCUUUCUCUUGUUUGCAACUUAGUUUUCAUGAAUGCUGCUUAAAUCCAUUUCUGCAAGAACAUAAUUCUUCAUUGGCAGAGCAUGUAAUAAGGUUGGCGAAUGAGCCGGAGACUGUGAAAUGGAUGAAGACGAUACGAAGGAAAAUUCAUGAGAACCCUGAACUUGCUUUCGAAGAAUUUUCAACGAGCUCUCUGAUAAGGCACGAGCUUGAUCGAAUGGGAGUUAAAUACCGGUGGCCAGUGGCACGGACAGGUGUAGUUGGAACCAUUGGCUCUGGUUCUCCUCCCUUUGUUGCUCUAAGAGCAGAUAUGGAUGCUCUGCCUAUUCAGGAAAUGAGGGAAUGGGAGCACAAAAGUCAGGUGAAUGGCAAAAUGCAUGCCUGUGCACAUGAUGCGCACACAGCUAUGCUUUUAGGUGCUGCAAGAAUACUGCAACAACUCAGAAAUCAUUUGCAGGGAACUGUUAAUCUAAUAUUUCAACCAGCUGAGGAAAAUGGUGAAGGUGCAAAGGAAAUGAUACGAGAAGGAGUACUUGAUAAUGUCGGUGCAAUCCUUGGAUUGCACAUGUUCAAUAGUUACCCCAGUGGUACAGUUGCUUCACGUCCGGGACCUUUCCUGGCCGGAUGUGGAAGCUUCAAAGCCAUAAUCCGGGGGAAGGGGGCACAUGCAGCUUUUCCACAAGAAUCCAUUGACCCCAUUUUGGCUGCUUCAACUUCUAUAAUUAGCUUACAGAACAUUGUUUCUAGGGAAACCGACCCUUUGGAUUCUCAGGUGGUUUCUGUAACAAUCAUGCAAGGGGGGAAUUCAUUUAAUAUCAUUCCAGAGUCUGCUACAAUCGUCGGUACUUUUAGAGCCAUCAGCAGAAAGAACUUUUACGCACUAAGAAAAAGAAUAGAAGAGGUUAUAAAAGGGCAAUCAGCAGUACACCGGUGCUCGGCUGAGAUUGAAUUUGAUGGAGACGGACAUCCUAAUCUCCCCCCGACGAUAAAUGACGAGAGAGUAUACGAACAUGUACAAAAAAUCUCGAGUUUGGUUGUAGGCGAAGGGAACACUGAAUUAGCUCCUCCUUUCAUGGCGAGUGAAGAUUUUGCAGUGUACUUAGAAAAGGUAGCCGGAUCAUAUCUUCUGCUGGGAACAAGAAAUGAGGAGGCUGGAUCUUUUUAUCCUCCCCACAAUCCUUACCAUACUAUUGAUGAGGAUGUACUUCCUAUUGGAGCUGCAAUUCACGCCACAUUUGCGUUUUCCUACAUAGUAAAUUUUACUAAAUGCUGUCAUUAUUAUUAG